CGCACGAACGCGCAAACCUGAGACCUCUUCUGUACAUUUUCAGCUUGGAUAAUUAAAACAAAACCAUGCCAGUCAUGAUAAGGAAUGAAGUUUUCUCCUGUUUUGUUUUCUAUGGCGUGCUUCUGGUGAUAAAAAUGUACGUUAUAGCUAUAGUAACGGGGCAAGUGAGGCUGCGCAAAAAGGCUUUUGCCAACCCCGAGGACGCGCUGAGACACGGAGGUUUACAGUUUCACAGAGAAGAUCCAUAUGUGGAGAGAUGCCGGAGAGCUCAUAUUAACGACAUGGAGAACAUCCUCCCCUUCCUCUUCGUGGGUGCCAUCUACUCCCUGACUGGCCCCUCACUGACUGUGGCCCGCCUCCACUUCCUGGUCUUCUUCUUGGGUCGUGUCCUGCACAGCAUCGCCUACCUGUUCGCCCUGCGUGCGCCGACCCGCUCUCUGGCCUACACCGUUGCACAGAUACCUUGCAUCUCGAUGGCUGUGCAGAUCCUCAUGGCAGUCGCAGCGUAUGCCUGAUGAUCCAGCAACGAGGCGCUGAACUAGAGGUGCUGCUCUGGGUGGAAAGAUGGCAAUCCAUGACCUUGUGUCAGAAAAAGUGGGAGGGUCUCCUGAGAGGGAGAGCUUAAAGACAGGAAUGUCAGUGAGAGUGCAAUACAAGGUGUGUGAUUACACACAGCUGGGAUUCCUGAGACUUCGACAGUAUUUUUCAAUGUGAGAAUCUCUUAAAAGUUAUUUGAAGUUAUUGUACUGUACUAUUUAAAAUGCAAAUGAAGUUUGUUUUCUUUUUAACCAGGUUUUGUUAAAACCUUUCUCGAUUGACAGUUGUAGACUUUACUUUAAGCCACUUUGGAAUAUUUUCCAGCACUGCACUGCACAUUUGAAUCACCCCUUCCCCCUCUUUUUGUGUUUACACGCAACACAAACCACCAUUCACGUCGUGUUGUAUCCUCCAUGGCUUCAUCUGUUUCCUGUGUGGCUAUUACAUCUGUUGUGAUAACAUUUGUUUGCGUACUAUGUUCAACAGAAGCGUCCUGACAUGAUGACUGAUGAUGUGUUGAAAGAUUUAAUAAUACACUCUUAUGCUUUUUACUGCAUCUCUCAAAUUAAUUACAUUUCAGAGAGGAAGAACAGAGUUUGGACUGAGUAAAUAACCUGGUGAAAGAAUCUUAUCUGUGAAAACAUAUUUGGAAACUAUUUUAAAGUAUUGUAAUAAUAAUUUAUUAUCCAAUUUAAUGUAUACAAUGAUGUUUUGAACCCAUAGAUGCAUUUUUGUCGGCAAUAAAACAAU